AUGCUCCUAUCGAAGUUCAGUUGUAAAUCUAUACUUAUAGGACUGGCAGUUGGUGCUAGUCUUACUGUUUAUGCGGUAUAUAAAUCAUACAAUACAUACAAAUCAAACAGUAAAUAUAUGAAUAUUGAGCCCAAACUGCCAACAUCCUCUAUACAAUCGUCUAUAAAUGGUGGCGUUGGCGGUGAGAGCAAUUGUGUGAAUGUGUACAAUAAUAUAACUAUGAAUAACUAUUGGCCAACAGCUCAAGCUAGCAGAUCUUUACCUACAGAUACACAUUAA